GUCAGUGUCAUGUAAACAAGGGAAGUACUCGCUAAAACAGAACUGCUCCCGGUGUACCGAGCCCGUUGUCGCUGAGCAGAUAGAUGGUGCUUAGUGAGACCGGGAGCGCGCUUCCUCAGUCACGCCAUUCCUUAUAUCGCUAUUGCGGGUGUUAUACAUUCUCUUUCUUUGCGACUGCCAUUUGGUGCUUUACGUUAUGGCUCAGCAACGUGGUGUGAAUGGGCUGCGGUUUAACCAGGAUCAGAGCUGCUUCUGCUGUGCUAUGGAGACAGGUGUGCGAAUCUUUAAUAUUGAACCCCUCAUGGAGAAAGGGCACCUUGGUGAGUGAAAGCAAGAGCAGUGAAUGGUAUACACAAAUACUCUGUCUUAUCUUACCUUAUGUCUUUCAGAUCAGGAGCAGGUGGGCAGUGUAGGACAAGUAGAGAUGUUGCACAGAUGCAAUCUGCUGGCUCUGGUGGGAGGUGGAAGUAAUCCAAAAUUCUCAGAUAUAUCAGUAUUGAUUUGGGACGAUUCUCGUGAUGGGAAAGAUAAGUUGGUCCUUGAAUUUACCUUCACUAAACCUGUGCUGAGUGUGCGCCUUAGAUCUGAGAAGAUUGUCAUAGCCUUGAAGAAUCGAAUUUAUGUCUAUUCUUUUCCCGACAAUCCAACCAAACUCUUUGAAUUUGACACACGGGACAACCCCAAAGGUCUUUGUGACCUAUGCCCUAGUCUGGAGAAGCAACUGUUGCUGUUCCCAGGCCAUAAGUGUGGCAGCCUUCAACUUGUGGAUCUGUGUAAUGCAAAGCCUGGCAGUUCAUCAGCACCAUUCACAAUUAAUGCUCAUCAGAGUGAACUAGGAUGCCUGGCAGUCAAUCAGCAGGGAACUCUGGUAGCUUCUGCCUCACGCAAAGGAACAUUAAUCCGUCUCUUUGACACCCAAACACGGGAACAGCUUGUGGAACUCCGUCGGGGAACAGACCCAGCCACUCUGUACUGUAUAAAUUUCAGCCAUGACAGCUCCUUUCUCUGCAGUUCCAGUGAUAAAGGCACUGUACAUAUAUUUGCCCUGAAGGAUACCAAGCUUAACCGCCGAUCAGCUUUGGCACGUGUAGGAAAAGUUGGCCCUAUGAUCGGUCAAUAUGUGGAUUCACAGUGGAGUUUGGCCAGCUUUACUGUGCCUGCAGAAUCUGCCUGUAUCUGUGCUUUUGGCAAGAACACCUCCAAAAAUGUCAACUCAGUCAUAGCGGUCUGUGUGGAUGGAACAUUUCACAAAUAUGUCUUCACACCAGAAGGAAACUGUAACCGUGAGGCCUUUGAUGUGUAUCUGGACAUUUGUGAUGAUGAUAUCUUCUAACCCGCAACUUCCCUUCUGACACUCACGUGGACAAUAUCAAGAGCCUACAUACAUUUGUACAAGAUAUUAUCUGUUUGAUGCAAUGUCAUUGGAUUUGCUGCUCUGUGUAUAACUGUACAUAUAUAUAUAAAUAGUAUGUUUUAUUAGAAUAUAUGUUUAUCUUGAGCUUUUCAUAUUAAAUAUUACAGAGGCCUCGGC